CUUUCGCAAUGGCAUCUUUCCCAAAUGAAAAAAACUCAGGUGCGGAGGCCAGUAACGAAUUGUGUUUGGUAUACAGCGAGUGAAAAAAGUUGCAAUGCAUGAAUAUCAAAUCAUAUGGAGUAUUAAGUGAGUGAGAAGAAGCAAUGCCCUUUGCUAACAAUAUCAUUCGUCAUCGCCAUUUUUUCUUCUUUCUUAACCCUACGAGACUCAGCGUUUGUUCUUCUGCCCGCAAAUUCAAUCCCAAAGUCCCAACCACCCCGACCCCCAAACUAUCAAAACUCACGGAAUCAAAGAAGAAAAUCGAACUUCUUGGGAUUCAAUGCCUCGAUUGCUGUCUUCCUGGGCGAUACAAUUGCUUAUUCUGUCCCCAGUGCAGAGGUGGCAAGUCAAUGGACAAGACUUUAUCUCAGCAUAAUAUUCAACAUGGAUAUUUUGCAAUGCGGAGAUGUUUUCAAACUAAUUGCGGUUGGGCAGGCCAGGCAUUUGCGGACAGCUCUAAAAUAACGAUAAAUGGCACAAAGUUAGAACCAAUAGGAGAUGAAUUGGUUGCUUAUUUUGCUGAGCGAAGGAUAUCUAAGGCAACUCUGCAGAGAAAUGCUGUUAUGCAAAAAUCUGGUGACCAGGCUGUCAUUGCUUUCACUUACAGAAGGAAUGGUGCGGUUGUUGGGUGCAAGUACCGAACCUUGGAGAAAAAAUUUUGGCAGGAGAAGGGUACAAAAAAAUGGUUAUAUGGACUUGAUGACAUCGAGGAGGCUGCUGAAGUCAUCAUUUUGAAGGUUGAAGGUGAAAUAGAUAAGCUUGCAGUAGAAGAAGCUGGUUUACAUAAUUGUGUAAGUGUUCCUUCUGGUGCACCCCAGAUGGUUUCUGCUAAAGAAUUACCAACAUUGGAAAAGGACACUGCAUAUCAGUAUCUAUGGAACUGCAAAGAGUACUUGGAUAAGGUAUCUCGCGUUAUCUUGGCAACUGAUGUUGACAAUCCUGGCAAUGCCUUGGCUGAGGAGCUAGCUCGCCGCCUUGGAAAAGAAAGAUGUUGGCGAGUGCAUUGGCCAAAGAAAGAUGACUGCCGUUAUUUCAAAGAUGCAAAUGAGGUUCUCAAGUGCUUGGGAGCUGGAGCUUUGAAGGAAGUGAUAGAAAAUGCAGAACCAUAUCAGGAAUCUGUAUAAAGAUGUAUUUGUUGCUAUUUACAUAGGGUAAAGCCUAAAAGUUUUGUGUAGUGAAGAAUGGCAGAAAAAUGUGGAAGCUUGGGGGGAAGAAAUGAGGGGUAGGAACUAAUUAUUAUUGUGCUUGUAGUGGAUAAUAUGCAUGGGUUAAAGAGUAAUUUUAAAGGCAGGCCAAGUAUCAUGGUUUAAUUAGAUGGAUGUAAGAAUCAAAUUUGAUUGCACAAAGGGACAGUUUUUGUGCAACGUUGUCCUCUUCGUAAAAGAUGAAUUUGAAAAAUGUUUUUGUGUUUGUUGGUAUUGAAAAGAUAAUUGUUGGGCACUACUAUUCUACAAUCAUAUAUUGCAAAAGUAGAUUGAGGCACAUCAAAGGUUAUUUAAUGCAAU